AUGGAAAAUGAUGGUACCUCUCAAACACAAUGUCUACCUAUCUCACAAGAAAGUACACAUCAACCAAUCCCCAAUGAAAGUGGUAACCAAUCAGUUGAUGCUCCUCUUCCUACACCAAAUGAUAGUAUGGAGGUUGAUAGCCAAACAACUGUAAGUCGUCGAUCUAGACAUAGAAGUAUUGUAUGGGAUCAUUUUACAAAGGUCAAAGUUGACGGAAAAGAUAAGGCUAAAUGUAAUUAUUGCUCAAAGUUGCUUAAUGGAUCAUCAAAUGAUGGGACGACACAUUUAAAAGGACAUAUGGAAUCUUGUCCUAAAAAGAAGCUUUUAAAACCAUCAGAUAAAGGACAGACAUUUCUUACCCCUAAAACUAUGCAAGGUAAACAAGAGUUGAGUACUGGAAUUUUUGAUGCAGAAAAUGCUAAGAAAGAGCUUGCACGUGCAAUUAUUUUGCAUGAAUAUCCGCUUUCAAUAGUGGAUCAUAUUGGUUUUAGAAGAUACUCAGCUUCUCUCCAACCUUUAUUUCAAGUUCCUUGUAGAAAUAGUAUAAAAAAGGAGAUACUCAAAGAGUACAAUUUGAAGAGAUCAUCAACUUUGAAGUUGUUAGAAAAUCUUGAAGGAAGAGUGGCCAUUACUUCUGACCUUUGGACCUCGAGCAAUCAAAAAAAAGGAUAUAUGGCUGUCACUGCUCAUUACAUUGAUGGAAACUGGAAUUUACAGAGUCACAUUUUGAGGUAA